AUGAAGCUGCUAACACAUAAUUUUCUGUCUUCGGUGUUUUUGAAAGGUGUUACAGAAGGGUAUCCAUUGAUUUUGACAGCAACCAGGAAAGAAAUCAAACAACACGAUUAUAAUGAGCAGUUCAUACAAAGAACGGUCCAGAAGAUCAAUUAUGAUGCAUUUCGAACAGCAGCACUGGCUGUUGGUGAAGGUGAGAAACUACCGCAGGCAUUACCCGUAGCUUUGGAUGACGAGGAAUUAAAGAAUGAGUUACACCGUCUGCUGGUUUGCUUAGAAAUCAUCGAGGGAGAGCUGAAAUGCCCAGAAAGUGGAAGAGUGUUUCCUAUUCGAGAUGGCAUUCCAAACAUGCUUACCGAUGCUAAUGAGAUCAAGUGA